CAGGGCAGUCUGCUGGGUUGGUUUAGCUGUGUUUGUUUGCAGUAGCGGGAUCUAUCUUCCUAGCAAUGGACGCAGAAGACAGGACACCAAGGAGAAACCAACUGACCGCACUUCAAGAACAGCUAGUCUGGGCCUUGUUGGGAUCUGGACUAUCCCGGGAGGUCUUGAUCCAAGCUGUGGGGGAGCUAGAGCGGGACAGGCUGAGCAACAGUGGUGGAGCCGAGAAGGCAGAGAGGGGCGAUGGGGAGAGCUCGGAGGAGGGUGAAAUGGACUACCCGCCACCUAUUUUCAGAGAGCUGGACAAAUUAGAUCCAGAAGAGGCUGCCAAGCUAAGAGCUGAGGUUGACCGGCUUUUGCAAGAGGAUCCAUGGCAUGUUGCAAAAAUGAUCAAAAGCUACAUGCUGCAGCAUAAUCUGCCACAGCGAGAGGUGGUGGAGUCCACAGGGCUGAACCAGUCCCACCUCUCACAACACCUCAACAAAGGCACACCCAUGAAGAACCAGAAGAGAGCUGCACUGUACAGCUGGUACGUCAAGAAGCAGUGCGAGAUCAGCCAGCAGUUUACCAAUGCCAAACAUGGGCUGGCUUCAAUGGAUGACCAAGGAGAAGACAACAGGAAAGGACGCAGGAACAGGUUCAAAUGGGGUCCCGCCUCACUGCAGAUCCUGUUUCAUGCCUACGAGAGACAGAAGAACCCUAGCAAAGAGGAGAGAGAGGGCUUAGUGGAGGAAUGCAACAGGGCAGAGUGCUUACAGAGGGGUGUGUCCCCGUCCCAGCUGGCAGGGCUGGGCUCUAACCUGGUCACUGAGGUGCGUGUGUACAACUGGUUUGCAAACCGUCGCAAAGAGGAGGCUUUCCGCCAUAAACUGGCCCUGGACACUCCCUACACCAACCCCUCUGUCAACUCUGCAAAUACAGCUCUCCCUCCAAGUCCAGAGCACGGCCUGAAGUACAGCCAGCAGAUCUCGUGUGACACUCUGAGCUCGGUGAGAGGUACAGGAGGGGAACGUGUAGGACGGUUGGUGGUGAGCCCUGUGCCCCUGGAGCCCAGUCACACUCUCCUCGAUAGCCACAACUCCAAAACGGUAUCAAGUGGUGGAUCACUGCCCCCUGUCAGCACCCUGACGUCACUGCACAGCCUAUCCUCCACCUCCUCUCAAGGGCUGAUCAUGGCCUCCCUGCCCAGUGUCAUGAGCCUGGGGGAGUCUUCAUUACUUAUAGGUUUAGCUUCCACACAACCACAGACUGUACCUGUGAUAAACAACGUGGGGGGUGGCUUCACCACUUUGCAGCCCAUCUCGUUCCAGCAGCAACUCCAUGGCUCCCCACAGCCCAAUCUGUCACAGCAGAUCCAGAGUCACAUGGGAGCCAGUCCAUUCAUGGCCACCAUGGCACCACUACCCUGCCACAUGUACAACAAGUCAGACUCCCCCCAGUACCAUUCGUCCAGUCUGCUGUCCCAGGCCAUGGUCAUCACUGACAGCAGCAGUCUGGGCACCCUCACCAGCCUUGCAGCUGUCAGACAGAUACUUACAGCUGACCCAGACGAAGACACAGACACACCUUUAGAGGAAGAAUCAUUACAUCUCCAGCCUCAUACACCUGUACCAGCCUCUUCGGAAAGCCUGGAAUUGUAUCCGUCCUCUCAGUCCACAGAGAGUCACCAGUCCCACCUCCUGUCACCUUCACCUCCAGACAUAAGCUCAUACAUCCCUUCACAACUGGUCUCCACUGCACAGUGACAAUG